UUGAUGUGAGCCCGACCUUGGGCAUGUAUUGGAAUGCAAAUCGUUGUAAGGAAUGCUCCAUCACAAUGUUUGCAAAGAGUUUGUGAUGAAGACGGAGAUUGAAUAGGCUAGUAUAAAUAGUCAAGAAUUUGACCACAUAGUGUAUCAGUUUCGAUUCAGCAUUCUUAUAGUUCAGUUAUAGUGAGAAGUACACAUUCAUUAGGAAAAAUGUGCAAACUAGCGUUGUUCGUCCUAGCACUGGCAGGUGUAGCCUUAGCCUACGAACAUCACGGAUUCGUCAGCGAAGUCAAGCACAUCCCGUACAAAUUCUUCGGCGGCGAGGAGGGUGGCAUCGGAGGUGGUAUUGGCGGAGGCUCUGAGGGUGGCUACGAGGGUAAGGACUACUAUGCCUACCCGAAGUACAAGUUCGAGUAUGGAGUUAAGGACUACCACACCGGUGAUCACAAGAGCCAGUGGGAAGUUCGGGACGGUGAUGUCGUGAAGGGGGAAUACACUCUGGAUGAGCCGGACGGUUCGACUCGUAUCGUGAAGUACCACGCUGAUAGCAAGAACGGAUUUGAGGCCGUCGUCAAGAACAUUGGCAAGGGAGGUUUGGAGCAGGAGAGCGGUUCGAUCGGUGGAGGACAGGGAGGAAUUGGUGGUGGAUACGGUCAUGGCUAUAGCUACAGCAAGCUGAAGAAGUUCAACUAAAUGGUCCUAGUUGAAUGUUGAAUGAAAUGUCUCCGGAAAUUGUAGUUUUAUGUACAUGAAAUAAAUAUUAUGCAAUCAGUAAUACUUUUG